UUUUCUUAUUUUUUAACCACAUUCUCCAUUAUAAUACUAUUUCAAAAUACAUUUUUUGAUAAAAAAAACCCCUGAAUAUAUAGUUGAAGCACGUUGAAGAUGUCAUUUCUUGAGGUUUAAGACAGGUCUUUGUUGAUCUCUUUGGCCUGGCUGAUUUCCUAGUGGAUUCUUGUUUUGUGGUUUUGUGAAGAAAAUUAAUAAAAUUGGUCGUACCAUUGACCAAAGCUGCCUCAAUAUUUAUUGAAACUGUAAGCAAAAAAAAAGUUCCAAUCUUAAACAAUUGGGAUUGACAUCUCACUUGGGGAUGGUAUCCCUUAGCGUUAAUGAUCCUUCGUAAUCAACCAGAUUGACUGUAUAGUGAAUGGAAAUCUUUCUCAAAGAAUAUUUAUUCAGUUUGUGUCAUGUUUACAUUUAGCUUACAAUUAAUAAUACUUUUCUACUAUUCUUUUCACCUAACACGACGAAUUUCUAGGAAAUAGCUGUUUCUCUGUCAUUUUGUUGCAAACUCUGUAAUCCCAAACCGCAUGCCCUGUUGCCUUGCCUCUCUAAUUUCUUUUUCAUUUUUUAAACAGCUUUUUAUAUAUCCCGAAAUUCACGCUGUGGUUUAUUCAACUUAGUUUUCUAAAGAAAAAUGUUACGAUUCAGGUUUUACUUUUUUAUCAUGACUUAUUUGUAUAAUGUAAAAUUGAUAGAAUUUUAAUGUUAAUCCUAGAGAAAAGGCUCACAUUAAACCCCAUGGACUUGAGUCAACGAAAUAACAUUUCAGCUACUCUGGUUUAAGUUUGGAAAUAACCUUCUAAAGGAGCUGAGUGGAAGAAUGAUAUCCAUAUAGCCAACUCCAUCCAAGUACAUGCGGCUUUUUUUCAUUUAACUUCUAUAUUUUCUUUGGUCACAAGGCUUUUGAAACUUGUCAUCUACCAUGGAUUCUAUUUUUAAUGCUAUUCUCGAAAAUGGAUACAAGGAUUGUGGAGCCUGUCACUGCAUAAGUCAAUAUGUUUAAAAGUACGUUCUUUUAUUCUAACAGCAAUAUGCCAUUUGCUUGGUUAUAAAUCUGUUAUAACGAAAGGACUGAAGUACUCUUAGUUAUUAACGUGGAAACUGCAACAGUUCACUUGACAUUCUUCUCAACAGGAUUAAGUGAAGGAAGUUUCUGCUCUUGUUAUAUUGAUGAUCCCAUUGUAAUCUACUAUUCAGCAGUUUCAAAACUGAAUUUUUUGGAUCAGGAUUCCGUUAGAGGUAUGCAUUGAAAGCAUAAGCAUGUAUGUUUAGUGCCUUUUCGACCUUGGAGGUUAGUUUGUCAUUCAUUUGAGUUAUGCACCAAGGAAAAAUGAUAAUGACUGAGCAUUGCUUACUUAAUGUUGUUCUGUAUUCUACUUAAAACAGUACAUAAUUUGUUCUGGUUUUAUACUCCUGUUCUCCUUAUCUACGUCGUCUUCAUUGGAUCAGUAACUAUGUCCUAUUUAACAUUCUUACUCUUUUCCAGGCGUCAACAGGAGGCAGAAUUAAAAUUAAUAGAAGAAGAAACUGCAAAGAGAGUAGAAGCAGCAAUUCAGAAGCAAGUUGAGGAGAGCUUGAAUUGUGAGGAGAUAGAGCUUGAAAUACAUAAGCGUCUAGAGGAAGGUAGGAAGAAACUUGUUGCUGAAGUUGCAGCCCAAAUUGAAAAAGAAAAGGAAGCUGCUCAUGUCGAAGCUCGGCGGAGAGAGGAACAAGCACGGAGAGAGAAAGAAGAGCUGGAAAGGCUACUUGAAGAGAACAGAAGAAAAAUGGAAGAAGCUCAAAGAAGAGAAGCUUUAGAACAGCAAAGAAGGGAGGAGGAACGCUAUAGAGAACUGGAGGAGCUGCAAAGACAAAAAGAAGAGGCAAUGCGAAGGAAAAAACAACAAGAGGAGGAAGAACGCUCAAAACAAAUGAAAGUAUUAGGCAAGAACAAAUCCCGGCCUAAGGUGUCAUUUGCCCUAGGUUUCAAAUGAUUAUUUACCGCUUCUUUAUUCUGUUUUUCUUCUGUCACUUACUGCGUGCUUGUUUUGUAUAUUCUGGAAAUAAUUCUAUGCUUAAAAACUUGUUAAUGGUGAUCUCAUAUCAUUUGUUAUUUAUCCAACUCGCUCUCGUCUUCUAGAGCUCUAAUAUAUGGCAAUCUUUAUGAGCCCA